AUGAGUUCCCAAGGAAUGAUUCAAAAGCCGACACGUGGAGAAACUUGUCAACUGUUGGGUCCCGUGUCAUUAUUCAUUCAAUUUUUAAUGGGUGUGGCUGCCAUUAUGAUGCUUUUAUUGAAACGUAAUUAUGAGCAUCCGAGACGUAAAAUGAUAGUGUGGGUUUACGAUACGGGGAAACAAAUUACUGGAUCCCUGGGAAUCCACCUACUGAAUAUAUUUAUUAGUGUGAUAAAGAAGAGAAGGAACCUUUUAAAAGUCCUUAUGGUAAUUCGGGGGGAUGACAGUGACAAUGACGAUGAUGACGAUCAAUGUGAUUGGUAUUUCCUCAACUUAUUAUUGGAUACUACGAUAGGGAUCCCUAUACUUUGGGGGGCAUUGAAUUUCAUUGAAAAGAUACUGCUUCGAUUUAAAGUGGAAAAUGUACAAAGUGGGAAUUAUUUCCCAGCCUUAACAAAUGAUGAGGAGGAAGACAACUUAAUGAGUACACACGAACCUAAAUUUGAAGCUUUUUUGAAACAAUUGUUGGUGUUUGUUGGUGGAUUGAGUAUAAUGAAGGUUAUAGUAUUUCUCAUUCUGAAUUAUUUUGAGGAUUUUGCAUAUUGGUUUGCUGAGAUUAUACUCGGCUGGUCUGACCCAUGGCCUAAUUUCCAGGUUUUCUUAGUCAUGUUUGUUUGCCCCGUAUUGUUGAAUUGUUUCCAAUAUUUCUGUGUGGAUAACAUUAUCAAAUUACCGACAGACCAUCUCAAUUUGGAGAACGUACAAAACUUCGAGUCUGAGAGUUACUCUGACGAUGAUUCAGAUACCCAUAAGCAUUGGUCUCUCUUCAGAAGAGGCCGUUCGAAGCAAUACGGUAGCAUCCUUUGA